AGCCGUCGUGCAUCCUUCAAGUCCGUAGACCCCUGCAGGCUCAAGUGCCUGAGAGGUCUAGUGAGCAUGAAGCUCAACAUUGCUUCGCCCGGAACGGGCUCGCAGAUGUUCAUCGAGAUCGAUGACGAGAAGAAGCUCCGUGCCUUGUACGACAAGCGCAUCUCUCAGGAGGUGGAGGGAGAGGCUCUUGGAGACGAGUUUGCUGGAUACAUGUUCCGCAUCUCCGGCGGCAACGACAAGCAGGGCUUCCCCAUGAAGCAGGGGGUGCUCUCCGCCAACCGCGUGCGCCUGCUGCUGCACAAGGGCGUGUCCUGCUACCGCCAGCGCCGCCGCGGCGAGCGCAAGAGGAAGUCGGUGCGCGGCUGCAUCGUGGCGGCCGACCUUGCCGUGCUUAACCUCGUGGUGACCAAGAAGGGGGAACAGGACAUCCCCGGGCUCACCGACGCCCCCGUGCCCCGCCGCCUCGGCCCCAAGCGCGCGAACAACAUCCGCAAACUGUUCAACCUCGGCAAGGACGACGAUGUGCGCAAGUAUGUGAUCGCCCGCAAGUUCGAGAAGAAGGGCAAGACCGUCACCAAGCGCCCCCACAUCCAGCGCCUCAUCACCCCCAUCCGCCUCCAGCGCAAGCGCGCGCGCGCCGCGGCCAAGAAGAUCGCCCAGGCCAAGAGCCAACGCGAUGCGUCGGAGUACGCCAGCCUUUACGCCCAGCGCCAGAAGGAGCAGAAGGAGGCCCGCCGCUCCAUGAUCUCCAAGAGGCGCAGCUCUCGCAAGGCUUCCGCCAAGGUGGUGGCUUAAACAACGUGGUUGCAGUCGAUGGCAUGCAUUGCCAUGCCACGCGGCAUGAAUCCGUGAUUUUGUUGCGGAUUUAAUGCAACCGGGGGAAGACCGUAUCUCAGCUUUGACCCGUGGGUAGA